AGUGAUAGACCUGCUCACUCGCGAGUUUCGCUCACGCCGAUAACAAGAAUCCUGUGCUGCAUCCCGCCUAUCAUUUACUUUGAUUUCAUUGCUCAGUUUUGAUAGUAAUCCGAGGUUAUACUCGGUCAAUAUCAAUGUCCAGGUUGUCUAAGUCUGGCAGAGCCGACGACGCUGCUAUCACCCAAUUCUGUGCUGUCACUGGCGCUACCACAAAGGAUGCAAGGCAAUAUCUUGACAAGUAUAAGCGGACAGAUAUCGCAAUCGAUGCAUACUAUAAUAAUCCACAAACCGUCAGACGAGCCGACGCCCCUUCGACUAGCAAGCUGACGGUUCUCUUUGAGAAAUACAAAGAUCCUACCGGCGAUGAAAUCACAGUAGACGGGACUAUAAAGCUUUGUGAAGAUCUGGGAGUUAAUCCCGAAGAUGUUGUUAUGUUGUCAGUCGCUUACGAGUUGAAGUCGCCGAAAGUGGGCCAGUGGAACAAGAAGGGCUGGAUUGAAGGAUGGAAAAAUAUUGGUUGUGACUCCACUCCGACAAUGAAGUCGGCUUUGCUACGCCUGAGAGAUAGGCUGGGAUCCGACCCACAGUAUUUCAAUCAAGUAUACAACCAUACGUUCGAUUUUGCGCGCUCAGAAGGCCAAAGAAGUCUCGCUGUCGAUACGGCUCAAGCAUUUUGGGGUCUGUUGAUACCUCAUGGUUUGCAAGGGGGUGCCUUAGCACAUGCGUCUUCUCGGGAUUUCGAUGACGACGAUGAUAUGGGCGAAGAGGAAGGUUGGAAAGACGAGUACACGAGAUGGUGGUUCGAGUUCCUGGUGGAUGAGAGGGGUGGCAAAGGCGUCAGCAAGGAUACCUGGGCAAUGUUCUUGGAAUUUGUGCGCUCCAUCGAUGCGAACUUUAAGAAAUAUGAUCCAGAAUCUGCCUGGCCUUCGGCGAUUGAUGAUUUUGUGGAGUGCGCAAAAAAGCGCCUGGCAGCUGAAAAUGCGUGAGGGAAUUGUAUAUAUAACAAUCGAGAUUACAAAGUUUGUUGUAUUUUUGUCUAUGGGUGCCUGUGCUUCUUGAAAAUUGGCAAUCUGACCUCUCACACCAAUUUCGAGGAAAUAGGUCAUCUCAAUAUCCAAGACAGAACACUGACGAUCUUGACGUGGCACUGUUACAGCUGGGACAAUUGUUCUGGCUGGAAAUAGAGAGAUACAUUGCAACCGAUCCGCUCACGUCGCUACUUGCUACUUACUUGAGUAAUUGACAUCUCAUGAUACCAUUCACUUAGGAGAUCUCUGCUGACAUUCAGCAUGGGCAAUUCAACACAGUCCCGAUCCCAUUUUUGUUUGACAGCACGGCAGCCGCACAAGUCUGACACGCAGCCGUUAAUACCGCAUGUCCACGCCGCCUGUCCAAACCGUCAACAUUUGAGAGGGCGAACAAGAAAGAGGGUCAUCAGGGGUAUUCUCACAGAUAUGAAAAUCGGAUUGCAUCUGUAAAGAUCAGUUGGUUAUCAAUAUGAAUAUCAUGUAAAUGCCAUGAAUAGACUCACUUGAUGAA